AUGCAUGGUAUUACUGAUUUUUGUCUUGUACUUACAUGUGAGGAUUCAGUCUUUUGGCUAGAAGAUUCUAGUGGUAUCAUUUAUUAUUGGUCUUGCAUAGAUGAUACUAUGAUAUGCAAAGGAGAUAAUUUGGAAGAAGCUUUAACAAAUUAUCUUUAUUAUCAGAAAAAUCUUUAUUAUGUCAAUGAGAAUACUUUCAAAUUGGUACCAAUACAUGCAUUUGAUAAAGAAGCUGAGGAAUGGGCAAAAUCAUCUGAGGCUUAUCUUGAUAUUGAUAUAAUUAAGGAAUCAUUAAAGCAUAAAUUAAAAAUAGGUGAAAAAAAAAAGCAACAAAAAAAACAAAAAAAGAAAAAAAGUAAAAAGAAGUAUUAA